ACAAAUUAGCUCCAAAUUAUCAUACAGCCAUGGCCAUCUCCAAAUUUCUGAUUGCUUCUCUGCUCCUAUCUCUUCUUGUUCUCCACUCUGUAGAAGCUGGUUUUAUGGAGUUACGGACAACAAUUACUGGUGCCAAGAAUACGCCUCCGAAAAAAAUAGAUUGUGGUGGAGCUUGCGUUGCCAGGUGCCGGUUAUCGUCGAGGCCAAACCUGUGCAAGAGAGCAUGUGGGACUUGCUGUGCCAGGUGCAACUGCGUUCCACCGGGUACCUCCGGUAACUUGAAUGUGUGUCCCUGCUAUGCCAACAUGACCACCCAUGGCAACCGACGCAAGUGCCCUUAAAAAGUCACUUCGUUUUGGUGCUUCCAAGUUCCAAGCAAUUAUAACGGUUAUGAGACUGCAAAGGUUUAUAAUAAGGAAUACUGAUGUUUAAAGCUUUAGACAUGAUUGUGUAUGCCUUGCCGUACUUAAUAAUGGAAAAAUAAUAUUAAUAAUGGAAUAAUAAUACUGUGUGUGUGUAUGUGAAUGUGUUAGACAUAGAGAUAUUGUUAUCUAAUCCUUAUCUCUAACAGAAUGAAAGCUUUGACCGAAUCUUUUUGGGGGUAUUUGGACUUUUUAACCAAUGGGAAAGGCCAUGAACUUGAGGAAUUUGCGUGUUCAAGUUAAAAUUUUGAUAAU